GUUUGUUUUUUUAAGAUAUGUAAUGCCUUAAGCAUAUGCUUAUAUGUUCAUUGCUUGUGUAACAUUGUGUGUUUGUUAAUAUAUAAAGUAGUUUCUUUUUGAACAAAUGAAGUUCCAUUUUUCCAGGAGUGAAGGAGCACCUUCGAAUGGUUCUGGUCGGCCUUCAGGGGGUUGGGAAGAGUGCAGCAGGAAACACCAUUCUGGGCCGAGAAGAGUUUCUCUCAGACCUCAGCGCCACUUCUCUCACAUCCACAAGUGAACGGAGGGAUGCUGUUGUCUGUGGGAGGAAAGUGACUGUUGUGGACACUCCUGGCUUAUUAAACAGUGAUGCUUCUAAUACAAUUGUAGAGCAGGAGCUGGAAAGAUCCUUGACUCUGUGUGAACCCGGACCCCAUGCUUUUCUCCUCGUUAUUCAGUUGGGUCGCUUCACUGAGCAAGAAAGACGUGUGAUGGACACUCUCCAGAAGAUGUUGUGCUCAAAUGUGAAUUUGUUCACAAUAGUGCUUUUUACAUAUGGAGACAAACUUAAGAAUAAAAGUGUAGAUGAGUUUGUAAGGGAGGAUAAAAACCUGCAGAAACUGAUCCAAAAAUGUGGCUCACAGUAUCAUGUGUUCAAUAAUACUGACAGAGAAAACACAUGUCAGGUCAGUGAGCUCUUUGAGAAAGUGGACAGUCAGUUGGGAAAGAGAAACAAAAAAUAUUAUGUUAGGACAAACAAGGAGCAGGGAAAGUCCUGGAAUACACGCCACUUCUACAUUGUUGCUGCUGCGACUGCUGCCGCUGCAGCUCUGUUGAUGUAUGCAGCAUUUACUAAGACAACAACACAGAGUAAAAUCCCAGAGUGUCCUCUGAGUGCCCCAAGUGUCCCAAGUGAUGAGAUAGUAACAAAGGUGGAAGCAGAUGUUACUCAAAGUGAAACAUUUUGGGAAAUGUUGCACAGCCUGUUCAACAAGGACAACAAGAAGUGCCAGAGCAGCAGAAUCCAUGUGAAGAGCUGAGGAUAGUUCUUUUGGGAAAAACUGGAGUUGGAAAAAGUGCCACUGGAAACA